AUGUAGAACCCCUCACAUUGCUACUCUGCAAAUUUCCUCCGGUUUGAAGGGAUUGAGCUGGGUGGAUUUACCAUUUGUGAUUGAAAGUAUUGAAGAUUUCAAGGAUGUUUUGUAAAAGAAAGUCCGGUUUUCUUCUUGCCUUGGAGUGUCUUUUGGAUUUGUUCCAUCCAAAAAGAUAAAGAUCACAGCUGCUAAAUUUACCUGGUAGAGUACCUAGGAACUUUAGAAGUUCUUAAUCCUAAAAACAAACCCAUUAAUUUAAACCCUGAUGGGCUCCUGAGAAAAUUUGCGAAACAAUCAAUUUUCUCUAUUUUCCCUCCUUUUAUUCAUUUCUCUCUGUUUAUUGAAUGCAUGUAGAUAUAGUUAGGUUUUGUGUUUAAUUGUGUUUGUAAUGGAGAAAGUCUCAAGCGAAUUUGAAGUGGCGGAGAUAAAGAAGCAAACUCUGCGGAAAACGCUGGAGCAAAUCCACAGUUCUUCGUCUUCGCUACUUUUGUUCUCUCUUCAAUGGAAGGAUCUGGAAGACCAGUUCGAUACGACGCGUCGUUUUCUCCAGGAACAGGCGAAAGAGCUCGAGUCCAAAGAGAAGCGGCUCGAGGAGUUGUCGAGAGGUUUCGAGAAGAAAGAGGAACGAUUUGGAGAGUGUUUGAAGGAGUUCGAGUUGAAAGAGGUGAAAUUGGAGGAGAGAGUUAAAGAGGUUGAAUUGAGAGAAGAGAGGAUUGAGGAGCGUUCUAGAGAUUUUGAGGUGAAGGAGAAGCGGUAUGGAGAGUGUAUUCGAGAGCUCGAGGCGAAAGAGAAGAAGAUUGAGGAGUGGUCUAAUGAGCUUGAGUUGAAAGAGAAGAGAUUUGAAUUGAGAGAGGGGAAGCGUCCACGAACACCUGUAUUUGCAGAUGCUGCACCAAAACUGCCUCAUCAGGAGCCAGCAAGCUUGUUCAGCAAUCAAGCAAGCAGUGUUCAUUCCCAUGUAAAGAGUGGGCAAUUGUCAAAGGAAAGUUUGCAAUUGUACAGCAAAGUGGCUUCUUCAAUGGUGAGAUCUAAGCUGGAUCCUAAAUGCUCAUCUAUAAAAGAGAAAGGACAGAAAUUGCUAACAUUAUUUAAACGAAAUCAAAGGAAAGAAAAGAAAUUGAAAUUGUUACUUAAAAAGCAAGUGGAUUAUAAGUCAAUACGCAAUCAAUUUUCUGAUGCUCUUCAAUCGGCAUCAGAUCCGGAGAAGAUUGUUUUGGAUGCAAUGAAGGUAGUUUUUCGUUCAAUCUUAAAGGGAGAUGGAGGCUCUGAGUUGGAUGUUUCUAGAAACUUCAUUUUUUUGUUGAAACAGCUACCACAAGUUUCACUCCAGAUUAAGCCUCUGGUGAAAGAUGAAGCCAAGAAGUAUGCACUUAUUUGGAAAUCAAAGUUGAAAAAGAAGAGAGGUGAUCAUUUGCUGGUUGUGGCUUUUCUGCUAUUUUUAGUAGUCUAUGAGUUGAGCUCUUCUUUUUAUGCGGAUGAGGUUCUUGGUCUUUUGGAUACUGAUGUUUGGUGUAAACAGGUCCCUGAUUUAUGUCAGGUCCUUGGCCUGUCAGAUAUUAUGCCUGUAGAUUUUAUUCAAAAUCUUAUCAAAGAAGAGCAGCAGUUGGAAGCUAUUAAAUAUAUCUGUGCACUGGAGCUGGUUGACAAGUUCCCACCAUUGUCUCUUUUAAGUGAUCAUUUUAAUAAUUCUAAAAGAAAAGCAGAGGAACUAUGCAAGAAAGGAAAUAACUCACUUUCAGUUCAGCUUGAGCGGAUAAGCAAAGAAUUAGCUUCUUUAAGAGCUUUACUAAGCUACGCUGAAAUUUACAAGCAUGAAGCUCCAUACUUGCCCGAAAUCCUUGAAAAAAUCAUUGCGGAACUGGAAAGGCAGCAGACAAAGAAAAAGUGUGAGUAUGAUGACUCCAAUGACAAAAAUGGACUUCUUACUGGAUCUAAAGCUACAUCAUUGCAGCAGCAUAGUGAGCAGAAAUGUGUUGCUCCAACAAACAAGAUAACAGCCUCCUCUGCAACAUUUACCAUAAAUUUGGUCAAUACUCCCAAGUCCGAGCCUCAAGAACAAAGUAAUAAUAAGCGUCAGAAAACAGAAGUUCCAAAAGAGGUUCCCCCAAUUGAUUCUGUUGGUGCCGCUUUUGCAUUUCACUCCACGCAACCCGCUAGUUGGCAGUGACCAGCUUUGUUUAUGGAUCAGCGUUCUCCACACUUGAACACAUCAGCUGGACAUUAUAGUUUGUCAGGCCAUCCUCCUUCUGCUAGCUUACAUAUGAACUCGUACAAUAGUCCUAAUUACCGCCCUGUGUACAAAACAAAAAUGACAAAAUUUAAAUUUAAAAUUUAAAAGCUUUCUUGAAUCACCA